AACAUAACCAGUAAAGAGAGGUGAAUGAGAUAGAUGGGAAAAAUGGAAAAGACAAUGAAAGGAUACUGCAUUUAUUAUUAAGGAUUAAUAAUUGUUGAAGAGUCACAUGUGUCGUUCGAAAGUAUUUAAUUGUGAAAUAUGGAUAACACCGAAUUAUUAUUCUUCGAUACAUUUUCCCAUGACAUUUCAGAGGAAUUAAAUUUAGAUUUGGUGCAAUUUCCCAAGCCUGUUUAUAUCAGUGAAGUGAGAAUAAUUCCAUUGGGUGCACGAGUGCAAGCAGAUUUUCCAGGAGGAGUGCGACUUGGAGCAACCAAUCCAUCUCAAUUCGAAAUUGAGUUCUUUGUUAACGAUCUUAGUAAACCUGGAGCUUCCACUUUCGAGUUUUUAGGCAAUUUAGAAUAUAAACAAAAUAUCCAUAUACAAUUGGAGUGUGAGCGAAAGCAGAUACCAACCGAUGGUUUAGUGCUAAGAGGAUGGUAUACCACCAUAACAUUGGCAGUGUAUGGUACGUUGACCAAAUCACUGAAUAAUCCUCAAGAAGUCAUAAGUUCAGCAGCUGGAUCCACUGCUUGUGUUAGUGCACACGAAGAAAAUACUGAGAAUACCGCCCAGAUUUCCUCUGAACAGCAACCUGAGUGGUAUUACGAGAAUCAACAUCAAACAAAUUCACUGGAAACAUGCAUAACCGCGACUCCACCGCCUCCGGUACAACCAAUACAGGUAGUGGAGCCAUCCAGGACAUCCACAUCAGACACUGGAAAGACAGACUCGGUACAAUGGGAAGAAGAGACGUCCAACGCGGGCGAAAAAGGCUCAAAACGACCUUCGUCUCCUCCUACCGAAUCUCUAAUCUCCCUCAGCCCCGAAUCUAUUUCCGCCGAGGAAGAGGAGGCAGAGCAACAGGAAGCUGGCGAGCAAGAAACUGGCGAGCCUUUCGAGCCUAUAUUAUCGGACGAAGAUAUAAUGACCGACGACGUUCCGCCUGCGGUCGAAUUCGAGUGCGAAACGUCGCAGAUCGACGAGAUUUACACGCUGAGCCCACCAGAUCUCUUGAAUUUGGAGAAAUUAAGCGACUUGGAGGACGUCUGCGUGAAUCGCGAGGUCGUGUCAAAGAUCAAAGAGAUCCUCCAGUCUCUAUCCAAGUCGGUCUCGCAUUUCCACAACGUAUCCGGCCAGGAGAAGGAAACGUUUGUCCACAACUGCGAAACUUUGUGCGCCAUAUUAGGUCCAUUCGACUCCAGUGCGGAUGAUAUCGAUCAUUUGACUAGCAUCGUCAAUGCUGGCCUGGAUAUGGAGCUCGCCAGGGCUCAACCGCAACCAGCAUACAAAGUGCGUCACGUAAAAGUAGGGGUUCGCUUGGCGGAAGCCCUCUGUCGACUAUCGAAGGGUCCAGAGAUCCUGCUGAAGGUUGAGGCUCCGUCCAAAUUAUUGUCUCUUUGUAUGCGCGAAAACGUGGCUUUGCCAGUCAAACUGUCCGCUCUGCGAGCUCUCGACGCCGCGCUGAUCAGCCCAAUAAUCGUGCAGGACUUUCUAAAGUCCAGGAACAAUCUGUACAGCGAGGCGUUGACCAUGUUGGACACGGCCAAGCUAGCCCGGCUCAAGUACGCCCUCAGCUCGCUUCUUCGCAAGGUCCACGUCUACGAAUAUCUGGAGGAGGUCAGGGAAUUCGACCAAUUCGGUCUGACGGAAUUGAUGAACGCUUACGUGUGCGCCCCGACCCUGAUGGCGCAGCCUAAACGUCAAUUGCCGGCUGGCGCGCAGAUGGAAUUCGAACGAGAACAUGCUCGGAACCCUCGUGUGCACCUGAUAGCUUACUUCGAGCACCACAAGCUGAUUUAUCGUCUUCUGUUGGCGGUAUCCUCGCCCAAUUGCGACUUGAAAACGAUCAAGUUGAUUCGUCGCUUCCUCCUACAUCUCUCGGAUACAAAAGAGGGUCUAUUCUAUCUGCUGAAGGAGACCGAAGCGAUUCGACUGAUGCUGAAGGCCCUGAAGUACGAGUUGCCCGGAGCCGGGUGCAUUCUAGCCUGGCGUCUUCAGGCCGCACAGUGUCUGAUUCGCCUGAAACAGACGUCCGACUGGACAAUCCUGAGAAGGCUGCACUCUUUUCUCGCCUUUCCUGAUGGUUUGCGCGCGAUUAUCACAGUUCUAUCUCUAGGCGACUUCAUAGAUAUCCUCAUUCCCUUCCUAUCGGAUUCCAAUCUCUGCGAGUUUGCUGCCGAAGUUAUCUCCGCGAUUGUCCGUUAUUCCGAUAGGGUAAAGAUCUUCCAGAAUCGAGCGGAAUUGAUACUCGACAAGGCUCGCGAGCAUGCGGUUCUCAGGGAUGUGACCUCGUACUUGACAACUGCCGCUCAAGCUUCUCACUGGGAUUACAACGAUGUCUCCUUGUUGGUGACGACCAUCAGGAAGAGUGCGGAGAAGGCUGCGUCGCUUCCCGGCCAACUGAUCACUGCUUGCAGAAUUUUACAUCAUCUCGUCUUUCCAUUCAACAACGAUAUUGACCCUCUGGAACCAUACGUCGAGCUCAAGUACAGGAACGCCUUGACCCAACUCUUCGCUGCCGAUGGCCUCACCGCUCUGGUCGCCGUGAUGACAAACGUGUCCGACUUCUACGAGCAACCAUUCCUUCAUCGCGCUGCUCUGACAGGUCGCAGAGGUAUGGCACUGAUCGCUUUGUUGCUUCCCUGCGUAAAGCUGACCAGGGCGUUGCUCGAGAGACUCGUCAAGUGCAUGGCGACAGACUUCAAGGAUCUCACGGCUGUUGUCCCGCUGCUCGGGGUCUACUGUUUAAUCGAAGCCAUCCCGUCCAACCCGAUGAUGCAGACUCUGUCCGAGGAAAUCGUGGCAACGCUGCUGGUGUUCACUCAAGCCGUUGACUCCGAUGGUUCCGGCAACGUGGCUAAAUCGCUGUGGACUCAGAUGCUUGGUGAAGUUCUGAAGAUGGUCUCUCUUCGCCCGUGCAACUUUGUGCCAGGUCUGAAGCUGUUGAGCCGGCUGCUACCGCCUGUUUUAACGCCUAAGGAAACUGCUACCGAAGACGCGACGAGGAUCUUGGGCUUGCGGAAACUUUGGUCAGCACAUCUUCAAGCCCAGGCCGCAAAUCUCACCGAAACCCUUCGACUGCUCUGCGCCAGUUGGAACAGAGACGUCUUGCUGCUUCUGUCAACGGUUUGUAAGCAAUUGAGCGAUCUGGCAGCACCGACGGCUCUUCUAGUCGGGAGAUGUCUGCUGGACGGGAUUCUAGCAGCCACUCCCUUAGAAAACAACGUCCCUAUCCUUGCUCUAAUCAGUGAUCUGGCAAGGCACGCGCCUAUGAAGGCGACUCUACUGACCUUGACUAGUCCUGCCUCUAGAGCACAAGUAAAAUCCGACCAAAAAUACCCGCCAGUUAUUGAAAUGAUGUGUUCUAUCUUGAAGAGUAAUAGCGAUGUGCACGUGCAACACGAGAUUCUCGGGAUCUUCGAGACUCUAUGCGAUUGCAACCUCAGCCUGGUACAGGAGGAUAGCGUACAGGAGCCCUUCGAGAAGAGACUGACGCAUUCAGUACCCAGCAAGGAACCUCUCUUGUCGAUCCUCGCGGCGCUGAUCGAAAUUCUGGCGACCAGUACCAAAUUUCAAUUGGACGUGAUAGAGAAUACAUUGCACAUUCUUUUAUCUCUCAGUAGUCACAACUACGGCUUAUACCACGUGAAGAGCUGCUUGGAAAAUAAUCCCGGUGCCUUGCGCGCGCUACUGGACCACGUCUACAGUUUGGAAAAGCCUGAAACAAAUCCCGUCCUAACGGAUUUAACUGUGACUUUCUUGGAAAAUCUAAUCGCCUCCGACUCGGAACGGAGAUCCUUGCAUCUGCGUACCCAGCAGCUGGCAACAUUGAUUUCUUGGGAGAAAAACGAUCAUCCCUUGGAGAAGCUGAAAGGCGCGGAGGACUUGGUGGAAACUGUGAGAGCUGCCGAAGAGAGAGAAGAGAAGGAACCUAUUCCGGAGAUGUUGGAGCCCUUGUUGCCCACUCCGGAAGCUCUCUUGAAUCAGUUCUCGCAAAGAUAUCCUGGUGCGAUUAGUAAUAGUCCAUUUCGAUCCAGGAAGUUCUUAUUUGCAGCGACUAAUCAGAUGCAAGCCGAGAAUACAGUGGAUCUAUUGGCACUUGCUGCGGAAUUGUUACCUGCCGACUUUAAUCUAUUAGCGGAAGCACAAAAUUUAUGCUCCAAGACGCCUCCCGAUGAUGCCACUCAACCUCUACAGUCGAAACCGCAGGACGAAAACCAAGAAAAUAGGACAGAGAAGCAAGCUUCUCCAAUGGUUAAAUCCAAACAACCAUUUGUGACCCCAGUACGAGGUCGAACACAAUUUACCAAUUCGCUAAGAGGUGGUCCAGUGGGUGGAGGGGUUGGUAGAGGAGCCGAUCCUUUCCGAUCGAGACCUCCCAACACUUCCAGACCACCGUCUCUUCACGUGGACGAAUUCGUAGCCCUGGAAACUUGCGGGGCUCAGCCAACGGGGCCUACCGGAUAUAACAAGCUCAGCAUUCGCGGAACGUGCCCGUCGCGGGCCAUCAGUGGCGGUGGAAGAAGUCGACCUUGGACGCAAGAAACUCGUCCGCCUUACCUUCGCUGACUCGUCAAUCUUUUUCGUUUCACACAUGUAUAUACAGGGUGUUUCAGACCACCCGUAUCACCCAUUUAAAAACUAGAAAAGUGGUUAUUUCAAAAAAGUAAAAACAUUUUCUUUAUAAAUCGGGUGCGUUUUAUCGAAUGGUGAUAUUUUCAACUUCUGGUUCCGGCCGGAAAUAGGCGAUUCAGACCG